AAAAUUUUUUUUCCAGAGCCUAGAUAGAAUCAAAGACGAUUACUUGAUGCUGUUGAAAAGACGGGGAAGUGUUUAAACCAUGUUUUAUGUUGGCUAAGGCGUACAACAAGAUGACCGAGACUGUUCAGCUAUGUUUGGUCUUGCAAGCUAUUGAAUGGGAAUCGGUAGUUUUGGUGGGGUUUUUUCAUGGAAAGGACGGAGAAGAUUCGGCAGGUUUUGUCCUUUCGGCGCCAAGGUUGUGCGAAGAUCGUCUGCUUUGUUGGGAAUUUCAUAUCGAGACGAGGUUCAACAAUGGCUCCACUCCCUUGCAUGUUGUUUUGACACCCAAGUGUGAAGGAGUUGGUUGUCGGACCCCGGGGCACAAGAGGAGUAUUAAGCGGAGUAUUGGACGGUGCUGAUUGCCCACAGUGAAUUGGAACUCAGUGAAUUGGACCAAUGGCGUGCCGUCUUGUGAUUAGUGGGCGGGGCUUACGAACCGUGACAACUUCUCCACUGUAUUGAGGACGUCUCUUGUGAUUUAAGUACAGGGUACGGAUGACGAAAUUGGACUUAAUUUGGAGGAAUUUCUGAUUGUGUUUCUCAAGCAGGACGAGUUAUGAUUAAUGUGGGAAAUGUAGAUGGCCAUGGACUGGACCAGGAAAUGUCCGGAAAAUCGGCCUUCAUGGAGCUCCAGCAGCAGGGAAUGGGGAUGGGACAUCCCGCUUACCCUAUCCGCUCCUCGUACCAGACUCACCACCACCCUAGCCAGCACGGGGACAGUGUGUUCUCCAACCCACAGACCAGACCGCCGCUGGGGUACCCGUUCCACAUGAAUCCGAUGUCUCCAUCAUCCUACAACCCCCCUACAGGACACCCGUUCUCCAUGCCUCCGUAUCAGAGCCCUUCUCCCACCCGGGAUGAUAAAUCUCAAAUGGAAGAGCUUCGAAUUAACGGAAAGGGCAAAAAGAUGAGGAAACCUAGAACUAUAUACUCAAGCCUACAAUUGCAGCAACUGAAUAGGCGCUUCCAGCGGACACAAUACUUGGCCCUUCCCGAGCGCGCGGAACUCGCCGCAUCCCUUGGCCUCACGCAAACACAGGUUAAAAUCUGGUUCCAAAAUCGACGCUCAAAGGCUAAGAAGAUGAUAAAGCAGGGCGCAAAUCCUAUGCAGGCAAGCGGACAACAAACACCCACACCGGUGACGUCACCAACUCAAGGCCAGCAACCCAUGCAACCGCAGUCUCCAUCUCAGCAACACUCCCCUCCGACGCCUUCCGCUCACAGUCACAACGCGCAUGGGCAUCAUCCUCCCAAUGGACUCAAAAUGGAGACCCCUGAUCAGAAUCCACACAAUUCUGUGAUGAUUUCCCCUGCAUCCUCCGUGAGCCCCGAACACGAGCCCCAGUGGAACGAUCACCCAGCAAACAACUAUACCUCAUCACAGUCCUACAUGCCAAUGUCCAGCAUGCCGCCGAUGACGUCAGUAAUGACUUCCGGUAUGCCUCCAAUGUCUCAUUACCAUUCUGCCUGGUAUUCUACUCAACCUAUGAUGAAUCAACAGUCUUGUCUCACGUGAAUAUGGUAGUAUUAGAGCGUAAAAACUGUCAGUCUAGCCUCGGCACAUUCCGAUAGUGCUCGGGAAUUCUCGGGGAGACUUGUCUGCUUGUGAUAGUCCCUGAAUGUGUUGUAAACAUUAUAUUAUUGCGGUCAAAUGUUUGUGGGCUCUCCCACUGAGCGCAGAAGGUUUGCAACAUUUGAAUUCCGCGCCGUGUGACUAAACAUACGGUCACCUGACAGUGCUUGCCAUGUCAUGUGACACGGCGGAACAGGUGCGUUCUCAUUAAUUUAUAUGAAGUCUAUAAAUUUGUAUAUACAAAGCCAGUGGGAAAAAAAAGAGAAAAUGAAAAAGAAAAAAGAGAUCAGUACUGACACGAAUUUUUAUAUCGGGCGGUUUUUAUGUUGAAACCCGUAUUCCUUUUGCUCAUGUACCUUGUAUUUAAUGCUCCUUGCAUUUCGUUUUUCUAUGGCGUAAUUUAUAAUUUUGUUGUUCAAUUCGUCCUAUAUUCUUUUAGCGUUAUAUGGUCCCUUUGUAUAAAUUUUCCUUUGUUUUUAGCGAAAAUUUUUACUUAUUUUUUUCUUCUUAGACAUCCAUUGUCACAUUUCAUCAAUUACAUUGAUAUGUUGACUGUAUAAAAAUUUUAUCUAAUGUAAUUUGCAUGUAUACGUACGGUGAAACCGUGACUAAAUUAAUAAAAUAAUUUUAAAUCAGAAA